AUGGGCCACACCAGGAACCCACACAGGGUUAGCGAUGGAAGGGCUCGAGCAAAAUUGGAAAUUCGCCAAACAGAUCCGCUUGAGGCCUUUGAUAAAGACACCGGUACUCCAGAAGAGGACAUCAAGCCGGACGAGCCUAAGACCAGCAUUCCAGCAAAUAGCUUCAACCAAGACGGGGCCAACUUUCUAAAAAGUGACGUCCAGCCGGACGAGGUUACCGCCAGCGUUUCAGAGAAUAGCUUCAACCGAAACGAGGCCAACUUCCUAGAAGAUGACAUGAAGCCGGACGAGGAUCAGACCACCAUGCCAGAAGAUAGCUUCAAUCAAGACGAUGCCAACACCCUAAAAGAUGACACCAAGCCGGACGAGGCCAGCUCUCUAGACAGCGCUAACACACCCGGCAAAUGGAACACUGGUGCCGCUCCACGAUGCCCAGGCCAACCAAACAACUACCACCCGCAGCUGAAGCCCGGCGCUCGUCCUGCCUCCGCCAACGGCUGUGGUUCCAAAAACAACUACAAAGUCGUUCCAGACUUCAGCUUCGGCCCUUGCUGCGAUGCUCACGAUUACUGCUACGACGACUGCGGUCAGACGUUUGAGGCUUGCAACUACACAUUCAGAGAUUGCAUGGACCAGAAAUGCGGAAAGGUCGACCAUUGGUACUCGAAGCCGGUUUAUGCUGCCUGCAUCGGUGCUGCGGAUGUUUACUCCGCGACGGUGGAGGGAAGUUUUGGGUCGAAGAAAUUCAAGGAAUAUAACAAUGAGCGAUGCCAAUGUGUCCCUUGA